AUGGAUUACAUGAGGACGAAACCAAAAACACCGACAAAAGUUCGAGCCAGACGGGAAGCGUUCAGUCCCGACGAGAUUCCGACGAGAGAUUCACCGAAUAAACACCACAGCCGACGCCAAUCAAAUACACAAGUCAACAAAAGAAACAUAUUAUCUAGGGCCAGGGACACUGAACGGCUCCGACGACAUGUCAGAAGUAAAAGUGAGGAUCUAUCCGGCAGACGACAAAACGGUGCAACGAGCAGACGCCGUUUGCGUUUCUCAUCCGCCGACAGAUUACCAGGACGUGAGGCGUUUGUGAAAUGUGAACGAAACACAAACGCGAGAAACAAUUCUGCGACAUACUCGGAUAUAUCUCUUUCGCCAACAGAGCGGCCAAACGCGUUGUCCAAAAAUAUAUACAAUUUGUGGAGACUAGGUCGUCUGUGUGAUGUCAUCAUAAGAACAAAAGACGACACUUUGUAUGCGCAUAAACUGAUUCUUGCAGCUAACUGUGAACGAAAAUCUGAGCUGAUAGACUGUGAUCAGGCAACAUCAGAGAUUAACAUUCCAAACGUCCAAGGGAACACGGUUAAUGAGGCGCUGGCAUUCUUUUACACAUCAAUCCUGAAUGUAAGUUCUGAAAAUAUUGAAGAGCUUUUGGAAAUCAGUAACUAUCUGGGAGCAAGAAAACUUAGAGAGAAGUGCAUUCUUUAUCUUGCAAACAUUUCGCUUAACAAUGCUAUUGAGCACCGGGCGAUCGCAACGAAAUACGGACUUUCAGAUCUUGUCGAUGAAAUUGACAGAUACGUGCACGACAACUUUACUACGAUAGUUUCCACGGACAACUUCCUUGCCAGUGAUUUCAGCAGAGUGUAUGGCAUUAUUUCGUCUGACAUAUUGACCGUUCCAAACGAACUCGAAAUAUUUCACGCAUGCGCAAAAUGGCUGGACUUCGACCGCAUGGAACGAAUUCGCUACGCAGUUUCACUGAUGGGUCUCAUUCGAUUCAAUUGUAUCGCGCCUCAAGAUAUUGUGACUGACAUUGAACCUGUGAGGUUCGUUUUCGACAUCCCAGAAUGCAAAGAUUUCCUAUACAACGCUUUCCGUCACCACGCGCUGUGUCGGGAUAUAAGUAGCACAGUAAAUAUGGCUUCCAGGAGGCAAUCAAGCGUAAACCUGUCACGUGAUCAACCAGAUUUGGCUCAUGUCCAAAGUCGUGUUCCAAGCGAGGUGCCAAGUCAUAGACCAAGCAGAGUUCUUGGUAAUGCGCCGAGUCGCGCGCCAAGCUACAAUCCUAGUUUAGCAUUACAACCUGGUAUAGUGACAAAACCGGACAGUUUCAGCAGUGAAUCAUCGGAGACUGAGUCGAUUUCAAAGAGUGAAAGUCAGGAAAGCAAAACCGCCGAGAAGGUGAAUAACUUUGAACUAGGUCAAAAAUCGUCGGCGGUAUAUCAUGAUGUUGCCGACGACGUUUUGUCGAAAUCAAGCAGAGAAAUUAGACCGCACCAGCAUGUCUUAUCAAAGCAUAGCAGACAAAGUGCAUCUCGCAUAACGUCGGAUAGAGAUAUUGACAAACUUGCUAAUAAGCUAUCUGGCGUUUCCAUGGUUUCCAAAAAGAAAUUUUCAAGAGCCGAUCUCGCAAAGAUCAGUGAUUUCUUUGACGGUGGAGAGAAAUCUAGCUCGGGGACAAGCAGUAAGUCAAGUAUUAACCGUGAGAACGUUAAUACAGUCGAAAAAAGGCCGUCAAAUGUAAGCGUUCAGAAAAGCGCUUCCAAACGGACACAUUCAAGAGAGGACAUUUUAAGUGCACAACACGACAGAGCAAGUUCAAGGGCGUCGUUCGAAGGAAUUGAUCGAAAAGUAAGCCAGACAAGCAUUAUGCCUGUAAGCGCAGGGUCAUGGUCAAACAAAUCUCAACAGUCACAUUUGGAGCACAACAGACUCGAGUCUGCAACAAAUCAUGGCCCAUGGGACAAUGAACCUUUAAGAUCUAACGUGAGUGGUGAAAUAAUGCCCUGUGAAAUACGAGGACGUCAAUCGAGCUCAGCUCCAGACAUCCAUCAUACAUUAUCGUCUGCUCGAUUUCCACGCAAAAGUAUUCCAGACCAUUCUGAUUCUGUGAAAAGUUUUAAAGCCAAUAGUAGUCCGUGUAUGAGCAAUGCAAGUGUUAUAAAUGAUAAACAUUUCAGACAACACUCUAGUACGUUUCAAAGGAAGAGCAGCCCUUUUACACAACAACAGAACACCUCAAACACCCAGUGGAGGACCGUUAGCAAGCGCCUAGAGCAAAUUUAUGAGCUGUCUCCAAUCAGAUCGGAAUCGUCUCGAACGUCGUCCAAAACAGCUAUUCCAUGGCCGCCACCUCCGCCACCGCUUCCCGUAAAAUCACUUUCUUUAAGGAUUGUCAUUGUAGACGGAAGUAGUCCUUACACUCAUGACGAGGACUCAGGAGGUUUUACGGCCGGUGCCGUCCACGAAUUUGAUGCUGAAAGAAAUUGUUGGGUCUCUAAAACGCAACUUCCGAUUUCAUUGGAAUACGCAGCGACAGCGUCUAUGGGAGGAAACUUGUACAUAAUAGGAGGGCAACGUUCAAAUGUCGACAAUCCAACGUCUGUAAAGGACUGCCAUUGCUACGAUUACCAGACGAACUGCUGGCACAGAGUGGGGCCGUUGAAGACUGCCCGCAUACGUCACGCUGCCGUUCCGUUAAAUGACGAAGUGUACGUCAUCGGCGGGGAAGAUUGUGUCCAGAUGAGCAUGAAAACGGUUGAAGUGUACUGUCCAGAAAACGACACGUGGGCGUCAGUGACGUCAAUGACGGACGCCAGAGUAAACCCGGCAGCCGUGGCACAUCGGGGGCGUAUUUUCGUUGGCGGUGGCGUGUUGGACACUGAUGAGAGAUUCCUCCUUGACACGUUGGAGGUUUAUGACCCGAAAACAGGAAGUUGGAGCUUCCGGUAUCCGCUUCCUGUAGCAGUCGCUGGUGCUGCGUUCGUUGAGGUCGAUGGCGUCAUAUAUAUGGUCGGCGGUUACGUUAUGAAGGAUGGAGAGCCGCUCAGCGUGGAUUCCAUUUUCCGGUACUGUGACGAAACGGACACCUGGGAGCCGUUCGCAACCCUGCACGUACCUAGGCAUUGUACGGUGGCGGCCGCGUUAAACGAUCGGAUAUACAUCAUCGGAGGGGAGAGCUCCGUCACUCUUGGCAGCGCCAUCACCAAUGUGGAGUGUGUCGAUGUGAAAACCGGAAGCCAUGUGACUGAGAUCGCUCCGCUUCCGGUGCCGUCAUUUGGUAUCGCAGGAUGUUUGAUUGGAAAUGAAUGA